GAUUGUGGAAAAAUACAGGGUGGAAACAAAACAAGACAAAAAUUACUGUUGUACCGAAACCCAACCUGACCGUCUGAGCUUCAUUAACUGAUGACCCGAACCCUCAGUAGCACAGCCUCUCGCGAGAGUAAGUGUUAAAUACAUCUUCUAACUUGGGUCUUAUGCGAGGAGUUGCUUUAAAGAAGCAGAAGAAAUGCCUUUGCACGAUGAAGGGUUUGUGGUGCGCAUCCGUGGCUUGCCUUGGUCUUGCACACAGGAAGAAGUUGCAGGAUUUUUCUUAAAUUGCAUUAUUGUCGGUGGAGUAAAUGGUGUGAGUUUUACUUUUUCUAAAGAAGGACGGUCAAGUGGAGAAGCUUUUAUUGAACUGGAGACAGCAGAAGACCUGAAAAAUGCACUAGUAAAGGAUAGCAAAUACGUGGGGCAUAGGUAUAUUGAGGUGUUUAAGUCAAACAGCAGUGAGCUGGACUGGGUGUUGCAGCGAUGCGGUUCGAAUGAUUAUGACAGUUGCAGUGGGUGUCUGGUGCGGCUCCGAGGGCUCCCCUUUGGCUGCAGCAAGGAGGAGAUUGUUCAUUUCUUUACAGGUUAUGGUGGACUUGACAACUUCAGUGGCUACAGUAAUUUCUGCUUUGGCAAUGGGAUGUUUGAUGACAGGAUGAGGACUGCAAGAGGCAGAGGUGUUGGUCAUGGUUAUGGUAGAGGAGGAGAUGCCAGUUCUGCUAUUCACAGUGGCCACUUUGUGCACAUGAGAGGGCUUCCUUUUCGAGCCACAGACAGAGACAUUGCUCAUUUUUUCUCUCCAUUAACUCCUGUAAGACUGCAUGUUGAUGUGGGACCCAAUGGCAAGUCCACUGGGGAGGCAGAUGUGGAAUUUGCAACACAUGAAGAUGCUGUAUCUGCCAUGUCUAAAGACAAAAAUCACAUGCGUAUGUAUUCUGAAGUAAUGAAUGAUAUUUUGUGUUGACAGAUCCAAUUACAUUGGUAAAUAGUUUUUUGUUACCUUUUACCUAUAUACACAAAGUGAAUACUUUUAUAACCUGUGCAGUGAAGUUCAAUUAAAAUUCCUCAUUAAAUCCUGGAAUGGAAUCCAAAUGGAUAUGUUUUAAUGUAUGCACACUAAGUCCACACAGCCAUUAGAAACACCAGGAAAGUGUCUCGUCUAUCCCAAGCUAAGCACAAAUAAUGUCCUCAAUUUUGAACAUGGCUGCAUCAGACUUGCUGGGGCUAUUUUCUACAUCUAGCUCUGAGAUGGGCUUUCUUAAAUUGGCAUCAUGCUAAAUCAUCCAACUGUUUCAGAGUGAUUUAGAAUUUGAUUAAUUAAUUUAAUGGCAAAACAAUGUAUACAUGACUGGUCUGCCACUGCAUAAAUGUGGGCAUAUUCUGAUAAAAUAUAACAAUUUUAAAAUUCACUGUUUCAUGUUAUUUGGUAUUGUAACAGCUGUCUUACAUUGCUUGAUAAUUAGUGGUAUACAUAUGUAAACUUCAGUAUAAAUGCCACAUUCUUAUCAUAGUUGCACAUCCUAGUUUUAUAUAAAUUUGACUACUGCAUUCUGUUAUUAGUAGUGUGUUUAGGGGUAUUCAUGACAGUCGAUUUUAAUGUAUAAUUUUAUUUUAUUCAGAUUUAAUGCAUCAUUUAAAAUGUGUUUAUUUUCUUUUUGCUUUAGAGCAUCGUUACAUUGAGCUGUUUCUGAAUUCAACGUCUAGUGUUGGUUCUAACAUGGGUAACUAUAAUGUAUAUUUCUAAUGCAAGACUGAUUUUAGUAAUACAUUAUAAAUCAGCAAAAUCUAUUAAAGGGCUACACCGUACUGGGGGCAAAUUAUGGUCUCCCAUCUGUUUGUUUUAGGCUUAAAAAUCAAAGAAAGGAAAAUACUAAUUGUAACGGUUCACCCUUGGAACCAUUUUGAACAUAAAUAUCAGAGAUCUCUUCAAGAAUUAUAACACCGAAGCACUAACCUUACUAAAAUGUAUUAGAUAGUUUUGAGAGCUGUGAAUGGAAUACAAUCUUGCCCUUUUGGAAGUUCAGUACUCUGUCCCUUCUUUAAAAUAACCCAGUAUGGUAAGCUAUCAUACUUGAACGCUGCAUUGUACAUAAUUUUCUUUUGAAAAUUGUGUUUUUUUCAAUAAUAUAAUAUCAGCAGUCUAUGCUAAAGAGCACAUUACAGUGAAACCUUGGUUAAAAACCCAAGCUGUUUGCAGUUCAGAAUGAAGCUGUGCAGAGCAGGAUGUGCACAUUCAACUCCCAUGAAAAAGGUUUUGGUACAUGUUCUUCAGAAGCAGAUGUGUUCCCAAUGUGGUGUAUUGAAAAAAUAAUAAUAAAUAAAUCUAAUCAUUUCUCACCCAUAUAAGUACUCCCUGAAACUACCAAUUUAAUUCCCAUGUCUAACUUUGUAGCCAAAACAGAGGAUUAAAAAAUGUUCUGUGUAGAAAUAUUGAGUUGGAAUACAUCAAAUGACAUAUAACACAUACUUAGUGGGUUAGAAAGGCAGUAAACAUGCAGAAUUGCAGUGAAGGGUGACGUGUUUCAUGUGGUUUUGUGUGUUGCUUUGCAGGUCGGGCAGAGGUGGCUACUUCAGCAGUUCUGGAGGCAUGGGAAAGGGAGGGGGCAGUGGGCUGCGAGGGAUGUUUUAAAAAGAUCAUUUUCAGAGGGCUAUUUGAGAGGGUGGAGAUUGUUUUUUGUAUUUUGAGAUGCUUUUCAUAAGUUCGUAUGAAUUGUUCUUGGAUUUUUUUUGGUCUUAAACUUCAGAAAGGUUAUUUGACUAACUGCAUAUAUAAAUCUGUUGCACAUUUUUAUUCUUAUA